CGGAUCAUAAUAACAAGGGCGCUAAAAAGAUAAUUUUCGCUAUCUCUGAAAUCGAUUACUGAAUAACAGUUUUGAAGUUUAUAUUAAUUGAACUUCUCAUAUAAUUUAUGUGCGACUAUUAGUUAAAUAUUACUGUGUCUAUAAAUUUUUGGUGUUGAUAUUUAUUUCAUCCUAGUCUCUUUACUGCUUGAGAUGUAAAUAACACUGGAAGAUAUAUUUUCACAUCAACAAUGUCAGCAAUAAAAGUGAAUUUUGAAAUUGGACACGAAGCAUCUUUGCGUUCAAAAAAGACACCCGAGGGCUUUACUCACGAUUGGGAAGUCUUCGUACGCGGUCAAGAAGGUGCAGAUAUAAGUAACUUUGUGGAAAAAGUAGUAUUUCACUUACAUGAAACUUUUCCAAAACCUCGGCGAGUUGUAAAGGAACCUCCUUUUUCCAUCAAGGAAUCUGGAUAUGCUGGAUUUAUGUUCCCUAUUGAAAUCUAUUUAAAGAAUAAAGAUGAACCUAAAAAGAUUAAGUUUGCCUAUGAUUUCACAUUAGAACAUAGUGGAGUUUUAAAAGACAGAUAUAUAUUUCCAAAUCCUAACGAGGAUUUCAGGAAAAAAUUGCUUAAAGGGGGGGGCAUACUGAUAACUAAUAAUGCAUUUUAUACUAAUCCAGAUCAAGAAAGUAGAAGUAGAGAUUCAUUUAGUGAUGAAAAGUCACAACUUACUAAUAAACCAAAAUUAUCAUCAGAUAACAUUAAGAAGCAUAAGUCAAAAGAACAUAAAGAAGAAAUACCUCAUAGAACAAGCAGCUUCGAAAAUUUGUUUGGACCUCCAAUUCAAAAACCACCGAAGGUUUCACCAGACCCUAAAAAGAUUGAAAAAACUACAUCUAUUCCUAAAUCAGACAAAAAAGACAAGGAAAGAUCGAAUUCAGACAAGAAAUCAAAACAUGAGCACAAAGAAAUGAAAUCAGACAAGGUAAAACUUAAAGAUGAAAAAGAGAAAAUUAAAAUGGAAAAAGUAAAAACCCAUUAUAAAGAACAAGAAAAAUCUAAAGAGAAACCUGCUAAAAGGCCAAGCGAGAGGCUUCCAUCACCCGAGAAUGCAAAAAAGAAGUGUACAAGUCCCAUUAGAAAAAUGCCAAGUCCUCCCCCUCGAUCUAGUAGUGCAUCCAGCUUCAAAGAUGACUUCAAACCAACAAAACAUAGUGUAGAAAAUGAUCAGAAAAAGUUAAAGCUGGAGGAAAAAUUGCUUGAAGUUAAAGCAGACAAAGAGGUGAAAGAAAAAAAGAAGAAAGAGAAGAAAAGUCAUGAUAGAGAUAAAGAUAAAGAAAGAAAAGAGAAAAAGGAGCAUAAGAAAGAGGGUCAUAAAUCAAAAGAAUCACCUAAGCUCUCAUUUGAUCCCCCAAAAGAUGUGAUAAAAGAAAUUAAACCUAGAGAAAUACCAAAGGAACGAGAACAAGCUAAAGAAUCUCCACCAAUAAAGGAAAAGCAACUUAAACCAGAAAAGUCAAUCAAUAAGUUUUCGAUAGAAAACUUGAGAAAAUUGACACCUACAGAAAAUAUAGAUCGUUCAGAAAAUCUGAAGAAAGAAAAGCCUGAUUCUGAAAGGAAACAUAAACACAAAAAGAAAGAUAAAAAAAGGGAUGAAUCCAAAGAAAAACACAAAGAGGCAAAUAAAGAAAAAAAGCAUAAACAUGAAAAAAAUAAAGAUAUUACCUUAGAAAAAGCUGAGAUCAUUGAACACAGAGAGACACCAUUAGCUAAAGAACGUCCUUUGCCAGAACCUGCCUCUCCAAUAUCUAUCGACACUGCCUCCCAGUGCAGUUCAAAGAGUGGUCUCGCUAAAAUCUCCCACAUGGGGACAGAAGAUGCAAACAGCAGUCACUCUGAUUCUGAAAAUUCUUUGAUAGAUGAUGAUGAUAGUAAAGUCAAAAUAGAAAACCUAUCCCCAGAACCACUAAAACAUGAGCCCACACCAGAACCUGAACCAGAAAUUGAACCUGAACCUGAACCAGAACCAGAUCCUAUUGUGGAAGCUACCCCACUACAAAAAGAUAAAUCCAAGAAACAUAAGGACAAGUCUAAAAGAGAAGAAAAAAGACGUAAACGCAAAGCAGCAGAAGAAGAAAACUCAGAAAACAGAAAAAUAACAAAAUCCUCUGAACCUUUAAUCCCUACAAAUAAUGAUACUGAAAGAGGUGAAAGUAGUAGUUCUACAUCUGUAGAAACUAAGGUUCAAGACAAUGGAGUUUCAAGUAGUUUAGGUGAGGAUGCUGAGCCUGGUGAACUGUCUCCAGAGUACAUGGGACAAUUACGAGAUCUCCAAAAACGCAUAAUGACUAUAAAUAACAAUGAAGAAUUAGAGAGAGUUGUUAAUCUAAUAGCAGAGACUGGACGAUAUGAAGUCACAACUCAAACAUUCGAUUUUGAUUUAUGUUUGUUAGAUCGUUCAACAGUACAACAACUGAUACAAUUAGUGGGAUGCUAGCUGAUAAUAUCGAUUUACAAUGUUUCUGGUGGGAUUUUUUAAUGUUUUAAUCUUUUAAACCAGUUUGUGAGGUGUGAUUCAAAGACUAUUUAUGAUUGUGCUGGAUUAAAAAUGGGUUAUAAUUAAAACUACAUUUGAAUGUAGCAGCUAUAAUAAUCUCAUUCAAUAUUCUAUGCCAUCAGUAAAAUCACAUUACUUCAGCCAUGUGUUUUAAGUGCAAUACUGUAUAGGUAUCUAAAGCUAUAAGACUGUUGAAAGAUUGUUAACAAUGUAUAUUUUGUACAUUAUUGUAUUGAAUCUUAAAAUAAGUUUAAAAAUAAAGAGUUUUAUUCAGCCCUGCCAAUCGGAAAGGCCUGUGAAAGGUUAUGUUAAUUGAAGUAUAUAGGUAUAAAAUUAAUUAAUUUUAAGUAUAAGAUAUAUUAACUUAAAAACUCAAUCUAACACCAUUAUAUACUUUUUAAGUUGUUAUAUAAUUUUAUGCAUAUAACAUUUUAAAAGAAAAUUGUAAAAGUUGGCACUGCUUAUUAUAAAUUGUAAGUUUAAAUUUUAUAUCACCAUAUGCUAUGAUAAGCCACUGUAAGUUCUAAAAUGGUGAAGAAAUGAUUUUAAAUUAUUUUGUGCUCAUUUCGGCUACGGUUUUGAUUCACGUACCUAUGUGUAUAUUGUUUGUUACAUAACUUAUUUUUUUUAUUAACUAGUAUUUUAAUAUACAUUAUACCUAGUAAUUAAAAUUAUAAAGUGAAAAUUGCUCGUUUAUUUUCUGUUACGAAGCGACAAUACUUUUAAAGAGACUAAAUCUAAUCUAAAAAUAACAUAAUCCUGAUUAUGAACUUAUGGCUAGUGGAUUAAGGUUUUAAUCUAACUAAUGUAAUUUUUUUUUUUCACAAUCUAAAUUCGAUGGGAGGUAGGUAUUUUCCAAGAAUUAAAGACCUAUUUUCAAAUUUCUUUUUUAUUCUAAAGUCAAUGGGCUCUUUUCGAAAUCAGAUUACCUAGUAGCAUUUUUUAAAUAUCAAAAUAACUGAAAGCGUUUUGUGGUGUAAUCGCCUAAUUCUAAUCUUAAAAUACAACAUCUUGGCGACAAUAUGGCGAUUUUUCGUUUAAUUUUAGUAGGAAACUUGUCAUUGGUAUCUCGUUCAUACAAUACGACCAUUAUUACUGUAUGGUGGGAAUACCCGCUGGCAGCAUAACAACUUCACUGGUAACAGGGCAAUUUCAAUAUAGGACAACUGCUUAGAGACCUCGUAUUUGGAGGGCGGUAUGGUAUAAUCUAUUUUGGUCUAUUUUAUUUGAACCCAUUCAAUACCUUACAAAAAUAUAUUUUUUUGUACAUGAAUGCAUGUUCGCCGCUUUCAAAAGAAAAAAAUAGGGUAUUUGACACUAUUAACAAUAAGUUGCGUAUUAUGCUCAUCCUGUUAGAUAAAAUUUAAUUAAGUUUGUUUCUUAGAAUCUGCAGACAAACUAUGCUUAACUUUAGUUAAGUAAUGUAAAUAAUACGCUUGG